AUGUCCAGAGUAGCUGCGCACAGUUUAAAAAGAAAGAGUAGCAUUUUGUUAUGGAGGCAACUACAAAUAUGCAUGUAGUCAACUAUGAACACUGCACAGCAAAGUAACGCAGUGUGCCCUGCCACUCUGUCAGUGAAGGACUUGGUGAGGGUUUUGUAUGGAGGAAAAAGGUUUGGUAAUCAUGUGGAUGAAGUGUGGCCUAACCUAUUCAUUGGUGACAUGUCAGUGGCCAAUGAUCGCUAUAGUCUGUGGAAGCUGGGCGUCACUCAUGUUCUGAAUGGAGCUCAUGGGAAGAUGCACUGUCAGGGGAGUCAUGACUUCUAUGGCUCCGCUGUGGAUUAUUAUGGAGUGCCUGCAGAAGAUUCACCGUCCUUUGACCUCUCUCGCUAUUUCUUUCCCUCUGCCGAGUAUAUUCAGAGUGCACUUGACACGACUGGUGCGCGGGUGUUUGUCCACUGUGCAGUCGGAGUGAGCAGAUCUGCCUCCCUCGUCCUGGCCUACCUAAUGAUCCGCCACCAUUACACCCUGCUAGAGGCCAUCAAUAAGGUCAAAGAGCGCAGAUGGAUUUUCCCAAACAGAGGUUUCCUCAAACAGCUGUGUGCUUUGGAUAUGAAACUACGCCAGACAUCAUGAGUAAUCCCCUUCACCUCAAAACCAAUUGAUUUUCUAAAUUACAGAACCCCAAACACCUGUUUUACUUGAGACAAAUUGUGAAUUCAGUGUCUUUCAGUGGUAGGAAAUACUGUACUUUGACUUUAAUCAGUCGGUUUCCAAGAAUGGUAUGAAAUCUAUUGACCCAGGUCAGUUCACAGGAUAUUGACCCUUAUAUUAGUAGGAGAUCAAUGUAAUCAACCCACCCUUGAGCAGAAUCGAUUUAAGUCAUUUAACUUUUGUUCAAUGUUGAAGAAAAAGUACAUCCACUAUGUUGUGUUGUGUAUUCACUUUUAAACAUCAUGGACAAUCAAUCAAUGCUUUAUAACACAGUAUAAUCUAGUUGCAAGCAGAAUGAUUUCACAUUUAAAAUGAUUAACAAAGUAAUUAUCAGCAGGUAUCUCACCAUUAGGAAGCAUCCAUAACUGGUGUGUAAAAAGAUGUUGAAUGUUUGACAACGUAGAAGCUGUAAUCAUAUAUAACAUGUCUUCAUGAGUUUUGACACAUUUAUUAUUUAUUUAACAGUUUCAAACGCAUCGUUAAUGCUUUAUCACAGGCUUUAAGGAUUUGUUCAAGUGCGUCAUAAAGUCUCAUGGUAUCAGAAUAUUAUCUUUAUCAUUAAUUCAAUUAUUGUGAGGUGAAUAUCUGAUAGUGUGACGAGCCAAGUAUCAUCAUCUGUCAUGCCCUCCUCCUCCUCACCUGCCUACUAGGCUCUCUCUUUCUCCUUCUCUCUAUCUCUCUCUUGAUGUGUAGGUGGCUAAUUGCUGAUGUGAACCUGGUGUGCUGGAGUUGGGGCUUGAUUGACCAGCUGCCUUCAAAAGCUCCACUCCUGCUCUCAGUCUGCUAUAGACUCAGUUCAAGUUAGUUCUAGCUGCCGCUAAGACGUAACUAUUGAGAUUCUGAAAACGUCCUGUUGAUUCCAUGUCCUAACCGUGCCUGUCUUCUUGCCCAGGACCAGCAGCUGGAUUAUUGCCCCGACUCCAGCUCCUUCCUUCCUUCCUUCCUUCCUUCCUUCCUUCCUUCCUUCCUUCCUUCCUUCCUUCCUUCCUUCCUUCCUUAUUGGACAUUUCCAAUAAACAUCAGUGACUUUA